AUGGCAGCCUCACACUCGCUUCGCUUCACCCUGUGGAUUGCCAUGGUCGUUGAUAUGGUGCAUGGAUGCCCUGAACUCUGUGCCUGCGCGGACAAAUAUGAUCGCCAUUUUGCUGAAUGUUCCUACAGAGACCUAGCUGAAAUCCCCAGCGGACUGCCCUCCAACGUAACGAGCAUGAGUCUCUCUGCAAACAGAAUAAGUUUGAUCGCAUUAGGAAGCUUUGAUAAUGUCACUCAAGUGACGUCCCUAUGGAUGGCCCACAACCAGCUGGUGUCCAUCGAGCUGGGGGCCCUUACACCCCUGUCUCAUUUGCGUAACUUUGACAUCAGCCACAACAAGAUAGUAGAGUUUCCGUGGGAGGAUCUGCAAAACCUCACAGCUCUGAAGAUGUUGAAGAUGAACCACAACGAGAUGGUCAGCAUGCCCAGGGAUGCCUUUUCCAACCUUCGGGACCUGCAGUCGCUCCGUCUCAACAAUAACAGGUUCACUACCAUCGCCGAGGGGACAUUCGAUGGCUUGCUAUCGUUGAACCACUUACAUAUUUACAGCAAUCCAUUUGCAUGCAAUUGCUUCAUUGACUGGCUAAGGGAAUGGAUCUCCACAACGCCUAUUAUAGUCCCAGAGCAGGAUUCCAUCGUGUGUGCAAGUCCACCACAACGUAGAGGGGCAAUUAUUGUCAAAUUGCCUGAAUCAAAGUGCAUGGGCCCCAAUGUCACAAUAACAACACAGCCAAAUGCUGAUAACACAGCCGUCUAUGAGGGCACAGCAUUGAUCCUGACCUGUGAUUUUAAAGGAAACCCAAAGCCAGCGGUGGUAUGGAAAAUCCACACCAAAAACCACGUGAAAGAAUUAGCUUUACCAUCUGACUCCGCAGAAUCCAUCGAAGACUCUUUACCAGCCUUCAAAAGUCAGAUAACAGUUUUAAAUAAUGGGACCCUUAUUGUUUCACAGGUCAGCAAGAAGGACAGUGGUAAUUACAGCUGUUCAGCUGCAAAUGAGUUUGGUACAGGUGAGGAUCUGUUUAUAGCAGAGGUGGUGGCUUUACCAAAACCUACACCCACAACAAUUGUGACGGAGAUGCCAGCUUUCACUAAAUCCAAGCCGUCAAUACACCAACCACUGUCUAAAAUGUCCAUAUUUGAUCCUUUCCUUUCCGCUGACAUAAAGAGAAAAGACAUUAUUGACGUCAUUCCCACUCUACCGCCAACCCGGGAGGCUCAUACUGCCUACGAUGAACAAACACCAAGGUAUCCACCACAUGCUAGCAAAUGUGGCCUGACUGCUAACACAAGGUACAUCUCCAACCACGGCUUCAACGGGAGCCUGGAGGAUGUCAAGCAGUACACGUUCAAUUUCGGUGUCAUCGCCUUGGGUGUGUCUGAAACAGAGGCAAAGGUGCGCCUCAACCCCCUCCUCCUACCCAAAGACAAGACUGGUGUCCGAGUCAGUGCCGCCGCCGACAUCCAUGAAGGCCCUCUAGGUUCUCCGGGAGCGCCCGGAAAGGUCCACUCUAACAGCUUGUUUCUCUGCAUCACCGCUGACCACAAACACUCUGCUGUCCAAUGGUCGAGAAUCCAAGAGGGUGUCAACAUGUAUAUGUUCAGCAAUUUACGCCCCGGGACAAAUUAUUCCCUCUGUCUGACCUACAGUGGGGAGGACUGUGAGGUCCAAGUCCUUUUCACCACCAGGAGAAGGGUGCCUAACUUGCUGAUCAUCAUCUCAGUCAGCAUUUGCCUUCUGACUGUAUCCACCGUGCCUCUACUUGGAGCCACUUGCUUCCACCUGGUCUACAAGUACCGGGGAAAGACGUACAAGCUGAUACUCAAGGCGAAAGACCAGUACCACAUGGAGAGGAACCUCGCCGCUAACUUCAACAUGCACGCGCCUUACACUGACUCACGGAGGAGGAUUAACGACAGCGAGCCGGAUGAGGAGGAAGGGGAGAUGGAGCGCGGAGGAGGAGGACAGAGAGAUGAGGACACGGAAGAAAGCAUGGUGACUGAGUCCUUCACCCUGUCUCAGUGCAGGGGCAACUCGGAGGACUGCGAGGUGGGAUCCGAGUACAGCGAUCGCCUGCCAUUAGGAGCUGAGGCUGUCACCAUCACAAGCAACUACACAUAUCCAAACCACUGA